AUGGACCCGAUGGACAUCGUGGGCAAGUCCAAGGAGGACGUCUCCCUCCCCAAAUCAACAAUGUUUAAGAUAAUUAAGGAGAUGCUUCCUCCUGAUGUACGAGUGGCAAGAGAUGCACAGGAUCUUCUUGUUGAAUGCUGCGUAGAGUUCAUCAAUCUCCUUUCGUCUGAAUCCAAUGAAGUGUGCAGCAGAGAAGAGAAGAAAACGAUUGCUCCUGAGCAUGUUCUUAAGGCUCUAAGUGAUCUUGGCUUCAGAGAGUACAUUGAGGAGGUUUAUGCUGCGUAUGAACAGCACAAACUUGAUACUCUGGAUUCUCCAAAAGCCAGCAAGUUCACUGGGAUUGAGAUGACAGAGGAAGAAGCUGUUGCUGAGCAACAAAGGAUGUUUGCUGAGGCUCGAGCAAGGAUGAAUAAUGGAGCCCCCAAGCCAAAGGAGCCAGAACAAGAGCCGCCGCAGCAACCACAAGCACAACCCCAACUUCAGCUGCAUACUCAACCACAGCAACCCGUGCAAUCUCAACUGCAGUUGCAUUCGCCAACACAGCAUUCCCUCCAACCUCAACUGCAGCUGCACCCUCAGCCACAACAGCAGCCCCAAGUGCAGCUGCACCCUCAGCCGCAGCAGCCCCCACAAGUGCAGGUCCAUCCGCAGCUGCAGCAGCCCCCACAAGUGCAGGUCCACCCGCAGCCUCCGCAACCCCAAGUGCAGGUCCACCCUCAGCCGCAGCAGCCCCCACAAGUGCAGUUGCAUUCAUCAGCCCAACAAGCUUCUCAACCCCAACCUCAGGUACAUCUGCAAUCACAGGAGCCCUCACAAGUGCAGCUGCAAUCCCAACUGCCAGGUCAGCUGCAGACACAGGCGCAAAGUGGACCUGGCAUGGACAGUUAG